AAACCAAGUGCUAGAAAUGUUUGAUCAUGCGUAUAGCAAUUAUAUGGAGCAUGCGUAUCCAGCUGAUGAACUCAUGCCUUUAACUUGUCGUGGACGCAUACGGGGUCAGGAGCCAAGUCGAGGGGAUGUGGAUGAUGCCCUGGGAAAGUUUUCACUGACCUUGAUUGAUACCUUGGACACUCUUGUGGUGUUAAAUAAAACCAAAGAGUUUGAAGAGGCUGUAAAAAAAGUAAUAAAGGAUGUUAAUUUAGAUAACGACAUAGUUGUAUCUGUCUUUGAAACCAACAUAAGAGUCCUUGGAGGUCUCCUAGGUGGACAUUCAGUGGCGAUUAUGCUGAAAGAAAAAGGUGAAUACAUGCAGUGGUACAAUGGUGAACUUCUGCACAUGGCGAAGGAGCUAGGCUACAAGCUUUUACCUGCUUUUAACACCACUAGUGGUCUCCCUUAUCCAAGAGUUAACUUAAAAUUUGGUGUAAGACAUCCAGAAGCACGAACAGGAACAGAAACUGAUACCUGUACAGCUUGUGCAGGUACCUUGAUCCUUGAGUUUGCAGCUUUAAGCCGAUUCACAGGAACAUCUAUAUUUGAGGAGUAUGCACGGAAAGCGCUUGAUUUCAUUUGGGAAAAGAGGCAGCGCAGCAGCAAUUUAGUAGGCGUUACUAUUAAUAUUCACACUGGAGACUGGGUCCGCAAAGAUAGUGGAGUUGGAGCAGGAAUAGAUUCCUAUUAUGAAUAUUUAUUAAAAGCCUAUGUCUUGCUGGGAGAUGACAGUUUCCUGGAAAGAUUUAACACACACUACGAUGCCAUAAUGAGGUAUAUUAGCCAACCACCUCUUCUUCUUGAUGUUCAUAUCCAUAAACCAAUGCUAAAUGCUAGGACCUGGAUGGAUUCUUUGCUAGCUUUCUUCCCUGGAUUGCAGGUGUUGAAGGGCGAUAUUAGACCUGCUAUUGAAACUCAUGAGAUGCUGUAUCAGGUUAUAAAAAAGCAUAACUUUCUUCCAGAGGCAUUCACAACAGACUUUAGAGUUCACUGGGCUCAGCAUCCUUUAAGGCCUGAAUUUGCUGAAAGCACUUACUUCUUGUAUAAGGCUACUGGAGACCCUUACUAUCUAGAAGUAGGAAAAACACUCAUUGAAAACUUGAAUAAGUAUGCAAGAGUACCGUGUGGGUUUGCUGCAAUGAAGGAUGUUCGUACAGGAAGUCAUGAAGACAGAAUGGACUCUUUCUUUCUGGCUGAGAUGUUUAAAUAUCUUUACCUGCUGUUUGCUGACAAAGACGACAUGAUUUUUGACAUUGAAGAUUAUAUCUUCACUACAGAAGCUCAUCUAUUACCACUUUGGCUUUCCACUACAAACCAAACCAUCUCUAAAAAAAAUACAACUACAGAAUACACAGAGCUGGAUGACAGCAACUUUGACUGGACCUGUCCGAACACCCAGAUUCUCUUCCCGAAUGACCCAAUGUUUGCUCAGAGUAUUCGUGAACCUUUGAAAAAUGUGGUGGAUAAGAGCUGUCCUAGGGGUAUUUCCAGAGCAGAAGAGAGUUUGGGAAGUGGACCAAAACCACCACUGAGAGCCAGAGACUUCAUGGCCAGUAAUCCUGAACACCUGGAGAUUCUGAAGAAGAUGGGAGUCAGUUUGAUUCAUCUGAAAGAUGGAAGAGUACAAUUAGUACAGCAUGCAGUGCAAGCAGCAAGUUCACUUGAUGCUGAAGAUGGCUUACGGUUCAUGCAGGAAAUGAUUGAACUCUCCAGUCAGCAACAGAAAGAGCAACAGCUACCUCCUCGUGCUGUUCAAAUUGUCUCCCAUCCGUUCUUUGGCCGGGUGGUCUUGACUGCUGGACCAGCACAAUUUGGGAUGGACUUAUCCAAACACAGAGCAGGGACAAGAGGAUUUGUUGCAACCAUUAAGCCAUAUAAUGGAUGCUCAGAGAUCACUAAUCCUGAGGCAGUGAAAGAGAAAAUUGCUCUGAUGCAAAGAGGCCAGUGUAUGUUUGCUGAAAAGGCACGAAACAUUCAAAAAGCUGGAGCAAUAGGCGGCAUUGUUAUUGAUGACAAUGAAGGAAGCAGUAGUGACACGGCUCCUCUCUUCCAAAUGGCCGGGGAUGGAAAGAAUACAGAUGAUAUUACAAUUCCCAUGCUCUUCCUCUUCAACAAGGAAGGAAACAUUAUACUGGAUGCAAUCCGAGAGUAUGAGGCUGUGGAGGUGCUCCUUUCUGAUAAAGCAAAAGACAGAGACUUGGAAAUGGAGAACAUGGACCAGAAAUUAUCUGAAAAUGAUUCACAUAAACAGAAUUCAGAAGAAGCUACUUCAGCGUCUCAGGAUGUUGGUGCGGUCACUGAGGAGCCUGAAGAAGGAGAAAGCUCUGAUGGUACUGACCCUGAUUCUUUGUCUCCUGCUCACACAGACAGUGACAGCGUUUCCAUUUCAAAUCAGGAUUCCUACGUCCCUGGAACCGAUGAGGCUAGUGCUCCGGAGCCAGCAUGUACACAAGGGGAUCACCAGCCUCAGGAACAACAGACGGAGACAGAGUCAAAUUCCAAAGUUAACUGGGAUAAUAAAGUCCAACCUAUGGAAUCCAUACUAGCAGACUGGAAUGAAGAUAUAGAAGCAUUUGAAAUGAUGGAAAAAGAUGAGCUAUGACUUGUAAUAAUAACUUAUUUGUUAGUAAAUAAAUGGAGAACUUUUUGGGUAGAAGUGAGACCCUGAUAUCUGAGAACUAGAAAACAUAUUCAGUAUUGUGAUGAGCAAUCAGGUUUCACCUGGUAAUUACCAUAGAAAUCCAGCACUCACUCUUUGUGGUGUUUUAAUUUUUCCUGUUUAAAAAUGGGAAUGUGCAAUCGAA